AUGAUGAUCGUGACACUCGUGAUCGGCAUCGCCUACGCCAUAAUCGAAGUGGUAUGGGCGGUCACCGUCGACGUGAGCAAGCGUGUUAUGAUCGUCAAAGAUGAUGGUGAGUGCUCAUCUGCUAGUGAUUUUGAUGAAGAUACACUUGCAUUGCUUGCAGCUGACCAUGCAGAUAGUGAACAACAUUUCGAAGAACAUAUUAAUGCUACUGAAGCAGACCGCUAUAAGAGCCUUAUUGUGCAGCGUAUUGGAGACGUUGACCGGUGCGCGGUGUACAUAUCGCUGGCACCUGGCAUGGAGAAUCCUGCGGGGGUAGACCCGCCGAAAGACGACGCCGCUCGGUGUGCUCGAUACACCAGCAGCGAAGAGGAGCAGAACGAUCCUGCCCCGACCACCGAAGACAGAGUGGCGGGGAAAAGGCCACUGGCGGCAGACCCCUCCCCUGCAGAAGCGCUGCCGGCAGAGAGCAGCCAGGCGCCGAAGCGCCGUCGGCUCGUCUGGAUCACCGACGACAACGAUGAGGAGGAGGAGGCCGCGCCUUCUUUGGUCCGAAGGCCACGCAAUCGUCCGGACGUGGCGCCGGCCACCACUGGUCGGGUGACCAGCGACCCCGCGGCAUCGGACGUCGACCCUGACCACGUUGCUGGCCAGAGGGCGGUCGAGCCUGUAGCUGCCGUUGGGGACGCCGCGCCGCAGACCACGGAGCGGGCUGCGGCAACAACCGCUGCCACGAGCACCGAGGAGCAACCGGCCCCGGCAAGUGCCAUGGCGAGCACCCCGACGAGGAACGAGGAGGCUGCGAGGACACCUCCUCCGCGUAACAUUGUGGAGGAGGAGAGCAGAGCCCCGACUCCUCCACCGGCCGAAGAAAGGGGAGUCCCAACGCCGCCCCGAGCAGGGGCCUCAUCGCCCGUAAGCUCCCCUGGCCUGGACCAGGGGCCAGUGAUGCCCGCGACCACGGUCGGUGGCAGUGCGGCGAACGAGGAGACCCGGGCGGCCUCUGACGAUGACGUGGAGGAGAUCCAAAGUCGUCUCCGUGAUGGCCGCCAGCAC